UCGUAUGAGGAAGUUAGAGGCGGGAGCCCGGACGGGAAAUUUGGUCAGGUUCAAUCUGAGCGAAUAUUUCAGGGUGACAAUGUCAGGCCGAAGAGUGCUAGUGUUUCCUUCAGCAGCAGAACUUGGGCCUGCCUUGGCCCAGCUGGUCACAUCUCAGGCAGCAAAGUCCCUGGCCAGUGGUUCUUGCUGUUUUUCCCUGGGUCUGUCUGGGGGAGGUCUGGUAUCCAUUCUAAGUAGGGAGCUGCCUGGGAUGCAGAACCUGGACUGCAGCCGAUGGCUGGUGGGCUUCUGUGAUGAGAGACUGGUUCCUUCUGAUGACCCUGAGAGUACAUACGGGCUAUAUAAGAAUCAGUUGUUCACAAAAAUCAACAUUCCAGAGGAGAGGAUUUUGGCAAUAGAUCCAUCCUUACCAGUGCAGGAGUGUGCAGAUGACUAUGCUGGAAAACUUCGUAAGGCUUUCAAUACAGAACAAAUGCCAGUAUUUGAUAUGUUGUUACUUGGCAUGGGACCUGAUGGACAUACAUGCUCCCUCUUCCCGGACCAUCUUUUACUGCAGGAAUGCCAGAAGAUAGUCGCCCCCAUCAGUGACUCCCCGAAACCGCCCCCUCAGCGCGUCACCCUCACGCUGCCGGUCGUCAACGCCGCGCGCUGCGUGAUCUUCGUGUGCACCGGGGGCAGCAAAGCGCCCGUGCUCAAGCAAGUGUUGGAGGGUGGAGAAGGCCCCCUUCUGCCUGCAGCGCGUGUCUCACCGGCACGGGGAGAGCUGUUCUGGCUGGUAGACGAGCCGGCGGCGGCAUGUCUUACUCUAGACGUGGAAAGACCAAGCCCCGGGGCAAAGUUAUGAGGGGGAGGAUGACCUGGAGAACAAGAUUGUCAUAAAACUCAUAAACCUACCCCAAAACGUAACGGUUUACGCUUAACGGUGACUGUAUGUUCACUGAUUUGUCUUUUGCAAGUUGAUACGUUGUAUAUCAGAUGAACUUUUGAGUGUAGACGAGGCAACGCUUACAUUUCUGUGCGAUGUAUCUGAAGAUUGAUUACAUUAAACAGUGAAAAUUGC